AUGAAAGGCACCUGUUCUCUUGUCGCGUACGUUGUGGCCGUGUCCAGGUCGCAACUUAUAUGUCACUCCGAUGAUUCGUUUCACACUAACUGGAAGGCCUUCAAUGUAUGUAUGUCGAGAACAGAUACGACCGGACCACCAAGUAGACUCUCUCUGAAAACUCCAGUCACCAUUCCACCAAUUGAACUUCCCAGUAGUAGAUUGAGAGAAAAGAGUUUCCUGACGUGCCCAAUGAGAAGGUUGGGUUUGUCAAUGUUCAUGCUUUUUGUAUGCAACAACAGUGGGCAUAUGAGUAUGUUAACAGUGGUUGAUUCAACUGAUUUGGUGAGGAUGCCGUUAUACUGGUUCCAAUUGUAG